UGAAGCUUUGAUUAUUAUAAUGAAGUAAAACAAUGUAAACACAUUCAUCAUGUUUGGAAUUAUAUUUAUUGUCCAAUAACCUUCUUUUUUUUAAAUCACAAGCCAUGAACAAAACAUGAAACGUCACUAAGCUCUUACUUUGUUAAGUUCAAUCGGAAGUCACACCACUAUCUCCUGGGUGCCUUGACGUCACUGCGGGGAAUGUGUGCUCGUUUUGUUGUCCGGGGCAGCCGGACCAGAAAAACGUCCUGGAUCCAACGUAGUUAAAUAUAAAUAGAAUCUUUUUCUUCCCUUUUUACACAUUAUGUAAAAAAAAAAAAAAAGCUGUUAUAUUUUAGGACUGUGUCCUGGUUGUAGUGAUGACGUAUGCGGACGGUUACACAACCCCAAUUUACAACAAAUGAAACAUCCGCUUUAAUUCAUCCACCGUGGGGUUCAUAUUACGUCACAAGGUGGGGUGUGGUCUCGCGUGACAUGUUUAUAUACAUUUAAUAGGUUGUGAGUUGCGGUUAAAAUCUUAACGCUAAUAUCAAACGGUUGAACCCCUCGCCGGUGUAUCAGACGAGAAGCACGGGGGGCGUUUGCUUUGCGCGAUCUUUACGUCCCGUGGGCCCGGGCGGGGAGGUCAAAGGUCGCCAAAACAACAAUGGGCGAAGUUUGUUCGCCGUGGCUUUCCGUCACCUGGCGAGUCUGCAACUUGUUCAUGUGUUUAUUCUUCGCUCUUGCAACGUACGUCCAGAUCAAUGAUCCAGACGCAGGGGUGUGGAUGGUCGGUUAUGGUCUCCCUGCAGUCCUGUGCGCAUGCGUUGGCUUGAAACCCCACGUGACAGAGACGUUGCCCUGGAGGCGCCUGGCUGACCUCCACGUGAUGGUGUCCAGCGCUGUCGUUGCCACGUUGGGGUGGAGGCUGUACCGAGAGGGACUCACAGACAUCCUCCAACAGGAGGAGGGCAGAGAAUUUUCUGGUCUCAUGUUGACGGCCGCUUGGCUUCUCCUGUGUCGCCACUCUGGAAGGGCUCCAGUCGGGGGGCUCAGAGUCUCAACAGCUGUUGCCAUCACGGUUUUCCCCUUCGUGGCCUGGCUUUACUUCUACAUCAAUAAGGAGCUGACAUCAAACUGGCCUUCACAUUGUCAAACUGCUAUUUAGAACGAUUACAUACUCUUUUUGUCAUGUUCUUGGCCUGAUAAUCCUGGACCAGGAAUACCGCUUGAUCGAAACUUUUCUUUUGUAUCAUUGAAUACAAACGUCAGCGUAUCAAUUGAAGAAUUGUUAUCGUAAAAUAUUUAUAAGCUUAAAAACAUUUGUUUAUUUAAUUUUUGUACAUUUUAUAUCAUUCGUUUUGGGGGUUUUGAAGUCAAGACGUUAAUCUUCUGUCCAAUUACGUUUUAAUGUAUAAAUACAAUAAAAAUGAUUCAUAAUUUU